AUGUUCAGAAGAGUAAUUAAUCUUUUUACGAGCUCUAAACAAGCCAGCUCGUGAGCUUAGCUCAACAAGCCACCGAGUCAAACUAGCUUACGAGCUUAUCAAACUGAGCAUUGUCUAGCUCAAGUUUAGCUCGUUUACUAACGAGUCAGCUCCCAAAACUGCUUGUUAACUAACAAAUCGAGUAUCGAACGAUUUUUUAUGAUUUAAACGUCAAGUUGCUCGCAUACGACUUGACUCGUUUGCAGCCCUACUUAUAUCUACAUGGGAAAGUCAAUCUUGCUCAUUACCUCUCUCAAUCAGUCCUAGUUUCAACCAUUUGAGGCGAGUUUGGGGGAGCCCGACAGCAGAGAAAUGAAGAAAAAUCACGCAGCCGCUGUUGGAUUGGGGGACCUGCCCGGAGAAAUUUUGAACCAGAUUCUAGUCCGUCUUCCAGUGAUUUCAAUUCUGAGAUGCGCCGCCGUAUGCAAAGAUUGGAACUCACUGAUCAGAAACUCUGCAUUCGUAUACCAUCACCGUUCUUCCAAUCCCAACAACCAACAACCUUCCCUCCUCCUAAGGCGCUGCGGAGAAGCACCCUCCACCGGCGGCGAGAUUGAGGAAAGUUUUACUCUUUAUUCCGACCCAGAUCGUUUAUCAUCUUCUUCCUCCACGGCCAUCUCAUCCCCAUUCACGCCUCGCUCCCACGAUCCCACCUCCCUUCGCGUCUUCGGAUCCUUACACGGAUUGAUCUGCCUCUGCGACAACUAUCGUACCUACGGUUACAUAAUCUACGUGUGGAAUCCGUCGCUCCGGCGCUUCAUCGACCUCCCUUCGCCGACUCUCACUUUCAGAAACAUGGGUAAUCGGAUUCGCCCCGAGACGACGGUCAGUCGAAUGCGACGGGGUUAUCUAAAGCGUGUUAACAAUUUGUUUGCCGUGUUGGGAUUUGGGUACGAUUGCAGGAGAAAUGACUAUAAAGUGGUCAGAAUCGUCUAUCCUCCGCAACCCACUACGUGUCCGCGGCGAGCUGAGGUUUACGCUCUGAAAGAGCGUCGUUGGAGGGAAGUUCUUCACGCCGAGGAACUGCUGCGAUCCUGCGAUGUUCCUCGGCUGUGGACUCAGUGUUUUGUAGACGGGACAAUUUAUUGGCCUGCAAUGGUCGGAUGCAAAUCGAAUUACAUUUUGGCUUUUGAUGUGAAUGAUGAGGGAUUCAGUAGGAUUGAGCUGCCCAAGGAAUUGCCCGGGGCUGGGGAAUCAAGGCUCGUUUCAAUUUCAGAAACCAAGGUCAAAGGUUUGCUUACAGUCCUCUAUCAUACUGCUACUUCUUGUGAGGUGUUGCUGAUGAAAGGGGGCGGUGCUGUGGAGGAUAGUUGGGUAAGAUUCUGCAGUGUAAGCAUUGUUGAUCCGACUCGAGACAAGGUUAUUGGGCUAUGUCGAGAUGAAAAGGUUUUGUUGCAGAAGGACAAGGCGGGUGAUUUGACAGGGUUAAUGGGGCUUGGGGAGGAAGCUGAACUGUGUCUCUAUGAUUGCAAAACCCAAGAAAUCGAGCGCCUAGGGUUGCCAGGUACUGGGUUCCGAGGCCGAGGUGCAUCUUAUGCUGCUGAUUACACAGAGAGUUUAGUUUUACUGGAACCAGAAUUCGGUGCAGUUUCUUACAGAGAAUCCAAAACAGGACCCGUAAUAAGGUCAGUGAACUUUGAUUUGGAGGAUGAGCAUGCGAGAUGGUCUCUUAAGCGAAUGACCCUGUGCAAAUGGGAUUCCACUUCGGUUUAAACUAAAUGCUCCUCAGCAUCAGAGAUCAAGUAUAUGUUGUUUAAGCUUUAUGUGAUGGUGAACCCAUGUGGCGUCGGGGAACAUAUCUUUGAUUGAUUGGACAAUUAGCUGCUUCAGCUUCUUCUUCAAUAGUCAUCUCAUCCCCAUUCAUGUGUCGCUCCCGUGAUCCCUGGCACUUCGUGUCUUCAAGUUGCUACAUGGAAUGAUUUGCCUCUCCGACCACUAUAAUGCUUAUGCUUAUGACUUCUUGGUGCGAAAUCUGUCGGUCAGACUCUUCAUCAACCUGAGUGAUUGUAUUCCUCUCCAUUUCAAACGAAGGAUGGGGGCUCGGAUACAACUGUACUAUUGAUCUAAUGUGUCAUGUAACAAUGUUUUGGAAUUUGGUUUUGAUCCCAGGAACAAUGAUUAUAAACUGGUCAGAUUCGUCUCCACUUGUUGCACUUAUGCAAGGGGGCAAGCAGAAGUUUACGCUCUGAAAAGAGCGUCGUUGGAGGUAGGCUUCAUGUCGAGGAAGUGCUGGAGUCUUGCUAUGUUCCUCAGCCUUGGUCUCAUAGGGGACAAUAUGGCGGCCUGCUGAUAAGGGCCAAUCCAAAUCGAACUGUAUUUUGGUUUUUGUGUGAAUGAUGAGAGUUUCAGCAGACAUGAGUUUGCCCAAGGAUCUGCUCGGUGCUCAAGCCUCUUCUGAAUUUCUGGGGCCAAGGUCACGGGCUUGUUUACAGUACUGCAACAUUUCUACGAUUGCAAAACUCGAGAAAUUGAGCGCCUUGGGUUGCCAUGUAGUGGACAUCAAGCCACAUCCUCUGCUGGGGAUUAUGCAGAGAGCUUAAAUUUACUGGAACCAGAAUUCCGUACAGUUUCUUACAGAGACCCUGAAAAGGGGACCCAACUUAUCGCAAGAUAUGAACUUGGUGUUGUCUGAUGUUUUGCUAUAGUUGGAACUUAGCAGAAUUGUUCUUCCAUUAUGUUCAUUCCAAUUUGGGGUGGUGUUGGUUGGUACUCUACUCUGUUAUUAUGUUAUUUGGCUCAACAUAUUGAGAAGCCAGAACAACAGAUUGGUCUCCCUCAUCCUUCCCCUCCAUGUCGUAAGGAAGUUUUGGUCUCUAGCAAUGUGUGAGUUUCUCC